AUGGAGCUUGAGACAUGCCCCGUUGGCGGCUUCAUCUUCUCCCUUCAUCUUCAUCAACAGCAAUCAUCCUCGUCUCUCCGUCUCUUUUUCUCUUGUCCUGUUUUCCUUUUUUUGCGUCUUUUCUGUCUCUUCUUCCCCCGUUCUUUUUUGAGCCUCUUCACAGUCUCAUUCGUCCUGGGACUUCGCCUCUCCGUGUGUGUAUGUGUGUGUUUUGUCUGCCCCCUUGUCUACCUGCAGGGGUUUCGUAUAUAUCCUAUCUCCGUGGGCUUCACGCAGAGAUAUCUCUCAAACAGCGAACGCUUUCCCUGUCCAGGAAGCAGUAGCGGAUGAUGUGGCUGAUUUCACCGCAAUGCUUGUACCUUCUGUAGACCUGUUGAUCUGUUGAUCCUGCAUCCCGUCCGAAGCUCGAGAGAAAAACCGGCCGUCUGGGAGAAAACACCAUCAGCAGGCAGCGGAGGACGAGAGCUGUCCAGAU